UUUUUAUUUUUUAAAUAACUCUCUAUUCUUUCUCUCUCAUAUAGCUUCUCAAGUGUCAUUUUCUCACAUAUACUUCACACAAAAGAUACAACCAUUCACUUCAUACCUUGUCAUUUCUUUCUCUUUCUCUUUAUUUUUAUUUCUUUCUCUUUUUCUCUUCUCUUCUCUCUCCUCUCAAUCUCAAAAUUUGCAACUACUCUCUCAAAUUUGAUCAAACCCCAUCUGAAAAAGAAAACCCAGAAAAUCUCACCUGAAUUUCCAAAACCCUUAUCUCCCACCCUACACACAAAUCCAAUUUACCCUAACUACUACUUCCCACAAAUUCACUUCAAACACACACACACAGACAUAUAUACCUAAGCUUAUAUAUAUCUAAUCUUUGAGAAAGAACUUCUUCUUCUUUCUUCUUUUUAAUUAUCUUUUGUAAUAUAUAACUUCCUGAAAAAGAAAAGAGAAAAGAGAAAAGCUCAUCUAGUGUUGGUUCUCCCUCUCUUUCUUUUUUAUUUUAAGAAGAUGGAGCUGUUUCCUGCUCAGCCUGAUUUAUCUCUUCAAAUCAGCCCACCAAACGCAAAACCCACACCCAGUUGGAGGAGAAGUAGCGCCGGCGCCAGUGCGGCCGCCACCUCAACCGAUGAAGAAGUUGAUUUGGGGUUUUGGAAAAGAGCUCUUGACUCCCAAAACUUCUCCAUAUCUUCUUCAAUGGCUGCCAAACCCGAUAAGUACCAUCAUCAUAAUAAUAAUAAUAAUAGCAAUAAUAAUAACAAUAUCACCAACAAUAAUCAUAGUAGCAACUCUUCCUCGUGUUUUUUCGACCUCUCUCUUUCAAACAACCAUCGUCUAGUUUCUAAUUCUUCUUCCGAAAAUAACAGUACUAGUCUUUUUCUUCACCACAACCACAACCAAAACCAACAUCAUCAUCAUCAUCAUAGCAAUAAUAAACAUUUCUACAACCACGGUAAUAAUAAUAUUGGGAACAAUCUCUUCCACAGUAACAGUGCCAGCACUAGUGGUAGUACUACUAGUAUGAGUAAUAAUACUUAUCCCCACCACCAAAAUCAACUUCUGCUCCAUCAAAACGCACCGUUUCAUCACAACCUUGUUCAUCAUCAGCAACAAGGAGGUGGUGUUGGUGGUGGGUUGGGUCAAGAGUUUGGAUUCUUAAGACCCAUUAGAGGAAUUCCGGUGUACCACCAAAACCACCCGCCUGCUCCCUCAUCCUCAUUUCCCUUCUCUCAUACCCUAGAAACCACAGCUAAUUCCUUGUCUUCUUCAAUGAAUGGAAUCAACAACACAACAAGUACUAAUUCCAACCCAUUUCAGUCUCAUCAUCAUCAAGCCGCCGCCGCAGCAGCAGCAGGCUUGAUGCGAUCCAGGUUUCUUUCUCAUCGUUUCCCUGCUAAACGCAGCAUGAGAGCCCCUCGGAUGCGCUGGACGACAACUCUUCACGCUCGUUUUGUUCAUGCUGUUGAGCUAUUGGGUGGCCAUGAAAGGGCUACGCCGAAGUCAGUUCUUGAGCUAAUGGAUGUGAAGGAUUUGACCCUUGCUCAUGUUAAAUCUCAUUUACAGAUGUACCGGACGGUGAAGACAACAGAUAGAGCAGCCGCUUCUUCAGAUGCGUACGAGAAUGGGUCAUCUGGAGACACAACUGAAGAUUUAAUGUUUGACAUUCAGAACACAAGAAGGUCUGAGCAAUCGCCUCAACAGGGAAGGUCAAGUGGUCAAGACAAGGACUAUAACAGUUCUGCCCUAUGGAGCAAUUCAUCAAGCAGGGAAGCUUGGUUGCAUGGAAAAACAAAGGAUUCUAUUGGUGGAAAUAUUAUGUUAGCAUCUCUUGAUGAUGAUCAGAAAGACAUGGAUCCCAAAUGCUUAAGCGACGAAAGAAUAUCAUCAUCAGAUGGAAGCUCACCAACAAAUAGUCCCAGGAAGCCCAAUUUGGAGUUCACUUUGGGCAGAGCACUUUGAUUAUAUGAUUAUUAUAUAUAUUAUUUCCACAUUAGUAUAGAUCCUUCAUUCUGCCUCUGAUCAUUGUUACUAUACUAGUACUUCUCUUCUUUUGAAUUCGUGAUUUAAAAUGUCUAUGAAAGAAGGGUAGUCCAGCUAGCUAAGCUCUCCUUGAAUGAGAGUUGUGAGAGAGCUUGAGAUAGAUGUGAGAAUCAGGUACCCAUCUGAAAAAAUCAGCCAAAAAAUAACAAAAGAAAAGAAAAAAAAAGUAAAAGGAGAGCUAAAGAAAGACAAGGAGACAAGAAAGACAGAAAGCAACAAAAGAAGAAAAGGGUAGGAAAAAAAAAAGCAAGUCCCCCCCUAUCAAUUGCAGCUGUGAGAUCCAAAUCAACUUAUUAUAUUCCUACGUAAAUAUAUGAAAUCUAAUUGAUUUUGUAUGGUUUUGGCACCAAGCGAUAUAGAGAGAGAUAGAGAAAGAGAGAGCUUUAACUAUCUUAUUAAAGUAUUGGAAGUGAUCCUUAUUCCUUGGUAAUUGUAUUGGAGCACUUUACAUUAUAUGCAAAUUAUUAUAUUAAUUUUAUUAUUACCCUUACCUAAA